CGAAGUCAUUUCAAUUUAGCAAUUAACACUGGAGUGAUAUAUGUGCAGUUGAGGAUGUGCAAUUAUAAAUACUGGAAUAAAUACUGGUGUGCAAAAGAGCAGAAAAAAAACAAAUAUGGGGAUGAAGUAGGUAUUUGGUUGGAUGGGCUAUUUACAGAUUGGCUGUGUACAGCUGCAGCGAUCGGUAAGCUGCUCUGACAGCAAAUGCUUGAAGUUGGUGAGGGGGAUAUAAGUCUUCAACUUCAGUGAUUUUUGCAAUUCGUUCCAGUCAUUGGCAGCAGAGAACUGGAAGGAAAGCCGGCCAAAGCAGGUGCUGGCUUUGGGGAUUACCAGUGAAAUAUACCUGCUGGAGUGCAUGCUACAGGACAAAUCUAGCCCGUCCCCCUCCACCCUCCCAGAGUCCCCGGGUCAAUCGCCUCCCUGUACUUUACUGCUGGGUCUGGUCGACUGCAGGAAAACACCGGGGCAGAGUGGAACUGAGAGAGGAGAAGAGGAACAUGGAGAUGUGAUUUCAUUAAGUAAGAACCAUGGGGACAUCCCUAAUCGUUGCUCUCUCAGUGGGAGGGGCUUAUCAUCUGGGGAGCCUCAACAUCAUGAUGCUGACAAGAAAGAGAAGAGUCUCUCCAGAUCAGAACACCUCAAGAAACACCAGCAUAGAGGUAUAGGGAAGAAACCUCACUACAGCUGCUCUGACUGUGGGACGAGUUUUGCUAAACAGAAGGAUUUGAUAAUUCACAAACGGAUUCACACUGGAGAGAAACCGUACCACUGCUCUCAGUUUGGGAAAAGUUUCGCUGCAUCUAAAACCUUAAAAACUCAUCAGAGAAUUCAUAUAGGGGAAAGGCCUAACCCAUGCUUUGGUUGUGGGAAAUGCUUCAAUCAGUCAGGAGACCUGACUACACACCAGCUCGUACACAAAGGAGAGAAAUCUUAUAGCUGUGAUCAGUGUGGGAAGAGCUUCAAUAAAUCAGGAGCCCUGACUAGACAUCAACGCAUACACACAGGAGAGAAGCCUUAUAGCUGUGAUCAGUGUGGGAAGAGCUUCAAUCAAUUAGUACAUCUGACCACACACCAACACAUACACACAGGAGAGAAGCCUUAUAGCUGUGAUCAAUGUGAGAAAAGCUUCAGUAAUUCAGGCGCCAUGACUAGACACCAACGCAUACACAGAGGAGUGAAGCCUUAUAGCUGUGAUCAGUGUGGGAAGAAUUUCUGGACCUCAGGACACCUGACUACACACCAGCGAAUACACACAGGAGAGAAGCCUUAUAGCUGUGAUCAGUGUGGGAAGAAUUUCUAUACGUCAGGACACCUAACUACACACCAACGCAUACACACAGGGGAGAAGCCUUAUAGCUGUGAUCAGUGUGGGAAGACCUUCAAUCAUUCAGGAUCCCUGAUUAUACACCAACGCAUACACACAGGAGAGAAGCCUUAUAGCUGUGAUCAGUGUGGGAAGAGUUUCAAUCAUUCAGGAGCGCUGACCACACACCAACGCAUACACACAGGAGAGAAGCCUUAUAGCUGUGAUCAGUGUGGGAAGAGCUUCAAUUAUUCAGGAAACUUGACUGCACACCAACGCAUACACACAGGAGAGAAACCUUAUAGCUGUGAUCAGUGUGGGAAGAGCUUCAGUCGAUCAGGAGACCUGAUUACACACCAACGCAUACACACAGGAGAGAAGCCUUAUAGUUGUGAUCAGUGUGGGAAGAGCUUCAAUCGAUCAGGACCCCUGACUAUACACCAACGCAUACACACAGGAGAGAAGCCUUAUAGCUGUGAUCAGUGUGGGAAGAGUUUUGUUCGAGAUUCCAAUCUGAUUGCACACCAACGAGUACACACAGGAGAGAAGCCUUAUAGCUGUGAUCAGUGUGGGAAGAGCUUCAAUAAAUCAUUAGAACUGACUAGACACCAACGCAUACACACAGGAGAGAAACCUUAUAGCUGUGAGCAUUGUGGGAAGAGCUUCAAUCAAUCAGGAAACUUGACUAAACACCAACGCAUACACACCGGAGAGAAGCCUUAUAGCUGUGAUCAGUGUGGGAAGAGUUUUGCUCUAGAUUUCACCCUGACUACACACCAGCGAAUACACACUGGAGAGAAACCUUACUCCUGUCUAUGUGGAAAGAGCUUUGCUCAUUCAGGGUCACUGAAAAAACACAAUGCAGCACAAACAUGUUUUCUUUCAUCUCCUUCCUCUCCGGCACUGGUUCCAGAUCCCUAAAUACAGUUUAAAUAGAAAACAUCUUGUAAAGAGUUAUUAUCUCCCAUUCUCUAAAUCUGAUUACCAUGGUAACCUGUGUUGCUAAUAUGCAGCUCUGGAUCCAUAUGUAUCAAGCGUCUUGGAGUAGGAGUCCUGUGUGUGUGGUGGGGUGUUCAGAGCUGUAUGUUAUUUCAUUAACUCCUGUUAUCCAUUAAAUAAUGUAGGAUAAUGCUUCAACAAUGGUAGGUGUAUAUUCAUGUGUGGGGGAAAUGUUGUCUGAAGACAGAGUCUUGAAUUGUACAUCUUUCCUCAUACAAUCAUUGGUUCCUGUAGGUGCUGGGUAGAGAUAGGAGGGGAGACGGUCAUAACCCCCUCAGACCUUUUGGCAGAAGGCCCAGAAUAUGUUCUAUAUGUUAAGAUCGGAGACGGUUCCAGUCACAUGCAGGAUCCAAACGUUAAUGAUGAAUUAAUUAUGAAUAAUGUAAAUCAUGCAAAUAUAACUUGUCUGUGUAAGCAGUAUUUUAGAGAACUAAAGACUACCCUGAAAGAGCUCCAGAUCGAUGUGUACUCUGGUGCUUUAAGUUUGUUGGAACCUCUCCAGCUGGCUGAUAAUAAAUAAUUAUUUAUUUAAGUUUCA